GUCCUAGGCAGCACGGCCCCCCCCCGCGCCGCUCCGGCCGGCAGGACUACACCUCCCGUGCUGCACCGGCGGCCCCCCCCGCCCCCCCCCCCCGGGCUGACGCAGCCGCCGGCUCCCGGGGCCGCCUUUGUCCGUGCCCGCGGCCCGGCCGGGCUGGCGGCGCGGCCCCGGUGCAGGGAAUAUCUGUCCUGGCUGCGCCGGCGCAGCUGCCCAUGGGACAGGCAUCUCCUGCGGAAUCCAGAGCAUCCCACCUCCAUCUUUCCGGAUAAAUAUUUGUGCAUGCCUUCGUCUGCCUGCCGACAGCCAGCGGCACACCGGGCUCCGGGCUGCUCCGGCAAGAUGCCGGUGACGUUUGAGGAUGUGGCCGUCUACUUCUCCCCCGAGGAGUGGGCAGAGCUGGCAGGCUGGCAGCGGCGGCUUUACCGGGAGGUGAUGCUGGAGAACUACCAGGCGGUCGCCUCGCUGGGUGAGGACUCUCUCUGGUGCUGCCGGGCUGGGGUCGAGCUGGAAUUUACCUCUUUAACUGAGCUGGAGCCCUUGAAAGUGAAAAUCCAGCUGUUGCUGGCCGAGCGCUGACACAGCGGUUGUGAUUGAGGGCAGGUUUUAGCCUGCCGGGCAGCCUCUGGCGGAAUGGCGUGGAAUGGCAUGGCAUGGAAUAGACAUGGAAUGGAAUGGAGUAUUUUCAGUUGGAAGGGCCCUACAAAGGUCAUCUCAUCUAUCUUCCCGAGCACUUCAGGGCUGACCGAAAGUGGCCAGGCAGGGGCAGGAGAGAGGAUGCUGGGGCUGCGGUCUGGUGGGGGGGCCGGUGCCGCCGUCCCGGCAGCACGGGAGAGGGUGCUUCUCUCUCUGCCCGGACAGGCUGGCCUGCUGUCAAGCCAGAGAUCAUCUGCAAGAUGGAGCGAGAAGAGAUGCCGUGCAUGCCAGCCCCUCCCAGGGCACGGUGGAGGCACCGGACCCCUGUUCC